AUGUUUGACCCCAAAGUCGCAGGGGACGUUUUAAAGUGCUCACAGAUCGAUGGGAUGGGCAGUCUGAACCAGAAUCAGAUUAGCGACAUUGGCGCAAAGGCGCUCGCCGAGGCACUGAAAGUGAACAAGACUCUGACGUUCCUUGGGCAUUUCUACUGUGGUCGGCUUGACAACCAACGCGUCCCAGCCCCUGCCGACCUGAAGCAGAUGGAAGAACGAGCUGAGGCAAGUGCCAAUGCCCGAUCUGCAGUCGACCUUGCUGAUAAGAAUCAGAAACUGCGAUCCAAACUGGAAGCCAGAGACCGUGAACUUCAAGAAUCGCGUUCCGAGCUCGCUACCAACGAGCUCAAGCUACAACAGCUGCAAUCCUAUCUCACGUCAGCUCUUGAUCGGAUUGUCGUACUCGAGUGCAACCAACUACCUGUUGGAGCUUCUCCGAACUUUGAUGGACCCAUCCCGCAAAUUCCUCUGGCAACUCUGUUCGCCGCCGCGAACAAUUUUGCUGAUCCUCCGCUCGGCGAAGGGGCAUUUGGUCGGGUGUACAGCGGUUUCAUCCCUGGACCUCGUAUUGCCAUCAAGAGGCUUUCUGCCGAGUCCAAGCAAGGCAAGGACGAAUUCAAGUCGGAACUGGACUCUCUGUCGAAAUUCCGCCAUCCCAACAUUAUUGCCAUCCUGUCCUUUGCCGAAGAGGGCGAUGAGCGAUGCCUGGUCUACGAGUUCAUGUCCAAUGGCUCUGUUCGCGAUCGUCUCAGUCGCAAGAAUGGCACGCCUCCGUUGACCUGGGCGCAGCGAUAUCGCAUUGCAACUGACGUUGCUCGAGGCAUGCACUACGUCCAGACAGCCUUCCCUGAUCAUGCGCUAUUUCACCUCGACCUCAAGACCUCCAAUGUACUGCUUGAUGCCCAUUUCAAUGCGAAAGUGUCUGAUUUUGGGCUUGUUCGUGUCGCGCAGCACCUCGACGAUGUGAGCUACCUUCGCACCCAAAAUCGCCAAGGGACCACCGCUUACAUGUGCCCUGACUUACUCGAGGAAGGCCGCAUUACAAUCAAGACAGACGUCUAUGCCUUUGGCAUGAUUCUGCUCGAGUUGGUGACUGGAAUGAAGGCGGCGGCCAAACUGAAGAGUGACUCUCGCAAGGCUCUCAAAGCCGAUAAGUUUGUUGGUCUGGUUGACUCGACGAUCAAAGAGGAUGGACAAGGGAUCAAGGAGGUUGUUAGUCUCGCACUCGAAUGUCUCGAUGAAGCAGCCAACGAUCGCCCAUCCUUUGGUGGCCUCCUUGCGACUUUGGAUGCUUAG